CGUCAAAAAUUAUCAACAAACACCAUCUCGUCGUUUUCUCGAUAGGAGUUCAAUCUUGUAUUUUUUUUAAAGUGAUUAAAAUGCUAAUAUACUCAUAACAUAGUGAGAAAAACUAGCUGAUUACAAUUGUAGUUGAUUCCCGAUUCGGAAAAUACACGCCAACAUGUGGAUACCUCCGCGGGAAUGUGCUAUGCCGUUCGCAUUGUGGGUCACCGAGAGUACGUUGACCACCUCGAACUACUUCCUGCUGCAACACCGAAAAGGCCAUGGCAGCCAGCGAGGAUUUUCGUCGAUGCUGGUGGGAACGUUGGACAAUGUUUUGGACACGAAGCCAUCGCCCUAUCGGAUCUUGCAUGUACAACCAUCGACGGGGCUGUAUUAUGAAAUCGCUUCGGAUAUCACACUGGAAGCGAUUCUCAAGGAUUGGGAAUGGCUCUCCAAGAACCUGUUCCGAGUGAUCAACGAAAUGGAAACCGAAGAGGAAAUCACCAACUUUACCAUCUGCAAAAUCCAAUCCCUGUUGGCUCAUAAUUCCCGCACCACGGAGGAAAUGGUGGACCCGAGCAGUUUCCAGGUCGUGGUCAACAAGUUUCGGGACAAGUUCAAAAUGCCCGAGGACGAGAAGCUAGUCAGCUACUACUCGUGCAGUUACAUCAAACGGGUACCCCGGCAGGGCCAGAUGUACCUGUCUCUGAACCACCUCUGCUUCUAUUCGUACAUUUUCGGUGCGGAGAGCAAGCUCAGGUUUCGCUACAACGAGCUGACCGAUAUCAAAAAGUCCGGGACGAUGAUCACAAUCAAGACAUCGCAGAGCAAGGAAUACACGUUUGCGUUCCUAUAUCCGCCUGGGGAGGUGUACAAUCUGAUUGAACAGCUGAGCAAAAUCACAAUGCAGAAGUUGAUCCAGGACCCGGAUCGGCCUAUUGUUGACCAUGAUCCGGUGGUGGGUCGUAAGGCGGAGAAAAAUGUCGGCUUCAAAACGGUGCUGUUGCGGGAUUUGACGACCCGGCAGUGGUCAGAUGAGUAUCGAGCGCAUUUUCGGCUGCCGGCAUCGGAAAUACUGGACGGGCGGAUCACGAGCUCGCUGUGGACGCCUUACACCAAGAAACACGCCAAUGGGAUGAUUUAUUUGUCGCAAGGUUAUUUGUGUUUCAGGAGUGACGUCUACGAUCUGGUUGGGCUUGUUAUUCCUUUGAAUAAGAUUGUGAGCGUGGAGAAAAAGGAAGAAAAUUACGAUCGGUUCAGUAAUCGUAUCAUUGUGACUACAUCGGAUGCCAAUAUAUUCCUGUUUUCACACAUUUUGGAUCGUGAUUUCCUGAUUGGCAGAAUCUCAGAUUUGUUGUCAAAGACAGUCACUCCAACCAAACCGAUAGACGAUAUUGAUUGGACGAAGCAAGAACCGUUGAUGCAUCUUUUCAAGGAUCCGGAUAACAAAGCCUUCGAUGAUCUGCAGGCUGAAAAGCUCAAGAAGUGGGACGACCAUUUCUCCAUCUACGGUCGAGGAAUUUCGAUGUUCCGAACGACGGAAACCAUCAAUCUGGUGAUUGACGGCAUUCCCGACCAUCUGCGUCGCGAAGUGUGGAUGAUAUUCUCCGGUGCCAUUCACAUGAAGCUGGCCAACCCAGGCCUCUACAAGGACUUGGUCCAGCGUGCCAAGGACAAUCCAUCGUCGUCGACGUUCGAAGAAAUCGAGCGGGACCUCCACCGGUCGCUGCCCGAACAUCCGGCAUUCCAGACGAACAUCGGCAUCAUGGCUCUGAGGCGGGUUCUGCAGGCCUAUGCUCUGCGCAAUCCGGAAAUUGGGUACUGUCAGGCGAUGAACAUCGUCUCGUCGGUGUUUCUCAUCUACUGCGACGAGGAGGACGCAUUUUGGAUACUGACCUGCAUGUGCGAAUCGCUGCUGCCGGAUUACUACAACGACAAGGUGGUAGGAGCGCAGAUCGAUCAGGGCUUGCUGGACGAGCUGAUCGCAAGCCACAUACCGGCUUUGCAAGUGAAGCUGGCCACCUUGGGCAUGAUCCGCAUGAUUUCACUGUCCUGGUUCUUGACCAUUUUCCUCAGCGUUAUGCCGUACGAGAGUGCGCUGCACAUAAUUGACUGCUUCCUUUGUGACGGGGCAAAAGUGAUAUUCAUAGUAGCUUUAAAAAUCCUGGAAUGGAACCAGGAGAAACUUUUAAACUGUAACGACGAUGGCGAAGCCAUGCAACUGUUGUCCAGCUAUCUGAUAGGAAUUUACAAUGACGACCCGCAACAACUCAAAUCGUUGGACAAGGAACGAAUUCAGUCGAGGAGUCAAUCAGUGCAGACACUGAUUUAUGAAGCAUAUAUGCGAUUUGGAAAAGCAAUAACUUCACAGAAGAUAGAAGAGUUAAGAAACAAACAUAGGCGAAUAACCGUGCAUCAGUUGGAGAAAGAUCUGGAAAAUAGCUUCGUUAAGAACUUCAAAGAGAAUGGUUAUUUCGACGCCGAAGAACUGCGCAUGCUGCUCUGCUACACCAAGGACGAGAAGCAGAAUCUCAAAAAUUCUAGUCGCCAGUCGUCGGUGGCCGGCAGCGAACCGGUCUACGAUGCAGCCGUCCUGUACGACGCCAAGAAACGAUUCCGGGACAGUCGGUACGACUGCUUCCGGGUGGAUUUUGAAACGUUCCGGAAGCUAUUUGUGGAUCUGACGCCGUGGGGUCACGUCCAGACCAUUGACGUGGCGGAGAAAUUGUUUAGGCUAAUGGACAAACAGGUCGUUGGAUAUCUGGAAUUCAAGCAGCUGAUUUUUGCGCUGGGAAUUAUUUGCUCAAAACGUGCCACCGAGAAAUUGAAACUGCUUUACAUUCUGCAUUUGCCGCCGCUGCUAUCGACGAAGGAGAUUGAGAGCAGCAGUCAGACGGAUUUGAAGGAUUCCGACACGGAGGUGGCAACAGAGGCGGAGAGUUUCUUUAGCGAUAACCCUAUUGAAACGAUCAAGUCCCUACCGUCACCGAUCGACAUCAGUCUGGAAGCUACGGACGUGGAAAAUCUCUCGCUGUCACACUUCAACGCCGGGACGCCGAACCUAUCGAUUGACGAGUCAUCCACCAACGCCGAAACGUCAUCGAUUUUCUACGUCGAUCUACCCGGCAGUUCCGGUUUGGGUGCCGCUUCCGGAAGCAACGCCGAUCGGGCCUCCACGAGCAAUGCCAACCUGGGCGAAGGCGAAUCCUACGGUUCGCGAUCGGACCUCAGCGAUCUGGGCUUCAACCGGAUCAGCUUCGAAGAUGCCAGCAGCAGUACGACGACCAACGGACGGCGGAGGCACGGCAAUGAGUCGAGGAGUAUCAGCAGUCUGCGGAUAUUCCUCGACGAACCGGAUUCGAACUUCACGAACAAAACCAUUCCCAACAUGACGCAGAAGAACUUCAUGGUGCUGUGGACUACGCUGCUGGAGAUUCUGAACAAGGGCAGGAGAGUGGCCGACAGUGAAGUGCAGCAAGCUUAUAUCAAACUAAUCGAGCUGGGUAAAUUUGCAUUAAUCGACAAAAGUGAUGAUAGCAUCGAUAGUUUAACUCAGUUUUCAUUCCCGAAUCAAAGCGAGACGGAUCCAAAUGGAAACCCAUCUGGUUCCAACGCAGCGGAGUCGUCGUCAACUUCCACGCCGAAGCAUCACUCGUCAGAGGAUCGCUCAUCGGAUGAUGACGGAUGGGAGAUUACGCUAAAUCAGUUCAUCGCAACGACGGUCUCGGUCGGAUCCAUCGAAGAGCAUUUCACGCAAUCGUUUUCUAUCAAUUCAAGGGUGGAAAUGCUUCAGAAGAAUCGACGGAAGUGCAAAAGUUAGAAAGGUAGGCUUGAGCUUGUCCGCGCGUAGGUGGAAUAUACGUAACCGAAGGAAUGGCUAAGUGGGCUUGUAAUCGGCGGCUUGUUCUUCUGCUUCAGUUUGGAAUUCGGCAAAGUGCUCUUGCGUAAAGAUGGCUCCUAUUGAAUAUAUUGUAAUCAGCUGCGAUAUUGUACAAAAAAAGAAAGCAACAUGAUAAUAUUUACAUUAUACAACACACACACACUAACGUAGAACUCAAUAUCCCCAGCAUCAAAAGGGGACAAGACAAUUACUAAAUAAUCGGUCCGUAAAGUGUACCUUUUAAAUUCGAACACACAAAUAUUCUUGUAAUCAUCGUGCGGCAUAUUAUUGUUAUGGUUUAUAUCAGAGAUGAUUACCGAUUAUAGUUGAAGCCAUAUUUUUAACGUA